CCAAACAUAAAAUAAAACACUGUCUUUCUUCAAUUACAAAAAAGAGAUAAAAAUAAAGAAAGAGCUGACAAUCAACGACUGACCAAAACUACGACUCUUUAAACUUUUACUACCAUUUCCCUAUAUUUUCUCCCAUUUAAUAUUCCAUUUUAUUACAACACACUUCUCUCUACAUUAUUCUCUCUCCUCUUUUCGUCCAAAAUUUCCCCCAAUUUUCUCUCUCCUCCAUUUCUGCUCUGCUACAACCACACCAAAUUUCUCCAACACUCUACUUUUUUCUAGGGUUUAGAUCUUUCGAAGAGAGAGAAAAACAAACAUGUCAACAAUGGAGAGUUUGAUUGGACUUGUUAACAGAAUUCAAAGCGCAUGUACUGUUCUUGGCGACCAUGGCGGUGGUGGUGACUCCACUUUCUCUUCUCUUUGGGAAGCUCUUCCUUCUGUCGCUGUUGUCGGUGGUCAGAGUUCUGGAAAAUCUUCAGUUCUUGAGAGUAUUGUUGGCCGUGACUUUCUUCCUAGAGGAUCUGGAAUUGUGACGAGGAGGCCGUUGGUGUUGCAAUUGCAUAAAACAGAUGAUGGAUCGCAAGAAUAUGCUGAGUUUUUGCAUAUGCCGAACCGUCGGAUUCCUGACUUUGCUCUUGUUCGUAAGGAGAUUCAAGAUGAAACCGAUCGAGUUACAGGAAAGUCGAAAAUGAUAUCGCCUGUUCCUAUUCAACUCAGCAUCUAUUCACCUAAGGUUGUCAACUUGACCCUUAUUGAUUUGCCGGGUUUGACAAAGGUUGCUGUAGAGGGACAGCCUGAGACUAUUGUCAAAGACAUUGAAGAUAUGGUUCGGUCGUAUGUUGAGAAUCCCAACUGCAUAAUAUUGGCAAUAUCACCAGCUAAUCAAGAUAUUGCAACAUCAGAUGCCAUUAAACUUGCUAGAGAAGUGGACCCCAGUGGUGAUCGGACCUUCGGUGUUCUAACAAAGCUGGAUUUGAUGGAUAAAGGGACCAAUGCCUUGGAUGUUCUUGAAGGAAGAUCUUAUCGACUUCAACACCCAUGGGUUGGUAUUGUGAAUCGUUCACAGGCAGAAAUCAAUAGAAAUGCUGAUAUGAUGGCUGCAAGGCACAAGGAGCGCGAGUACUUUGCAACUAGUCCUGACUACUCACACCUAGCUAGUAGAAUGGGAUCAGAAUAUCUUGCAAAAAUCCUUUCAAAGCAUUUGGAGUCUGUAAUUAGGGCCCGUAUCCCAAGUAUCAUCUCACUGAUAAACAAGAACAUUGAUGAACUAGAAGCAGAAUUGGACCGGCUUGGUAGGCCUAUUGGCGUUGAUGCAGGGGCCCAACUAUACACAAUUUUGGAACUUUGCCGUGCAUUUGAUAAAAUUUUCAAGGAGCACCUGGAUGGAGGGCGUCCCGGAGGUGAUCGAAUAUAUGGUGUUUUUGACAAUCAGCUCCCUGCUGCUUUGAAAAAGCUUCCGUUUGAUCGAUAUCUUUCUUUACAGAAUGUUAAGAAGGUGGUCUCUGAGGCUGAUGGUUACCAGCCACAUCUCAUAGCCCCUGAGCAAGGUUACCGCCGUCUGAUUGACGGUGCUUUAAAUUAUUUCAGAGGACCUGCCGAAGCUUCUGUUGAUGCAGUUCACUUUGUAUUAAAGGAACUUGUGAGGAAAUCAAUUUCAGAAACUCAGGAACUUAAACGGUUCCCAACCUUACAAUCAGAGCUAGCUACAGCUUGUUAUACAUCCUUGGAGAAGUUCCGGGACGAAAGCCGGAAGACGGUCAUCAGGUUAGUGGAGAUGGAAGCUGCAUACCUGACAGUGGAUUUCUUCCGGAAACUUCCUAUGGAACUGGAGAAAGGGCCAACUCCAGCUGCCCCAAAUGUGGACCGAUACAAUGAGGGACAUUUCAGAAAGAUAGCAUCAAAUGUUUCGUCAUAUAUAAAUAUGAUAUCAGACACACUUAAGAACACCAUCCCUAAGGCGACUGUUCAUUGUCAAGUCAAGGAAGCUAAACAGUCACUUCUAAAUUUCUUUUACAUUCAAGUUGGCAAGAGAGAGGCUAAACAACUUGGGUUGAUGCUUGAUGAAGACCCAACAUUGAUGGAGAGGAGACUAAAAUGUGCCAAGAGGCUUGAGUUAUACAAGUCCGCGAGGGAUGAGAUUGAGUCUGUGUCAUGGGCUCGAUGAUAGUUGUUCAGCUUAGUUUGUGUCAUGGGCUCGAUGAUAGUUCAGUUUAGUUGGUGCCUUGUUUUCUGAUGUAUUAUAGCCUUACUAUUUAUCUGACUUGAGGGUUGAUAGUUUAUCGGCUCUUAUUUGUUUGAUUUUGAGCAUUCUUUUGCCUGCAUCACUAGAGCAGGUUGUUGGAUCCUUGUUCUGAUGGCGUGAUGUCAUGCUUACCUUGUAAAUGCCAGUUCCUCCUAUAUGUAGUUUUUUCACCCUUUCAAAA